AAGGAGUUACGUUGCUUCCGGGAGACGCGUUGGCAAUUUCCUAACACAUCCCGUUACCUCAUUUAGGGUCGCGGCCCGGGGAGUCUAGCUGCUCUCUCUGUUGCGCGUGACGCUGGCUGGGAGGUAAAUUGUUGAGACGGAGGACGAGACACGGAUUUGAUAUGAGCAGGGUGCUCUGACAUGGACACAGAGAUGAUUCCUAAAUUUUCAUCAAAGGACGAGGAGGUGGAAUACUGGAAGUCUCAAGCUCUUAAACACAAGAAGAGUUGGCAAGAUGCUCAAGAGGAACUCCUGGAGUUCCAAGAGGGGAGCCGGGAGCUGGAGGCUGAAUUAGAGGCACAGCUUAGCCAGGCUGAACGUCGACUUCGAGAUUUACAAAAUGAAAACGAGAAACUGAAGAACGAGGUGUCCAACUUCAAGGAGAAGCUGGAGCAUCAAUAUGCUCAGAGUUACAAACAGAUUUCUGUGUUGGAGGACGACUUGGGUCAGACACGCAGCAUCAAGGAGCAGCUACACAAAUAUGUUCGAGAACUCGAACAAGCCAACGAUGACUUGGAAAGAGCCAAGAGGGCGACAAUAGUGUCUCUUGAAGACUUUGAGAGUCGUUUAAACCAGGCCAUUGAAAGAAAUGCCUUCCUUGAGAGUGAACUGGAUGAGAAAGAGUCUCUCCUGGUGUCUGUGCAGCGGCUGAAGGAUGAAGCACGAGACCUGAGACAGGAGCUGGCAGUGCGGGAGCGGACCAGUGACAGGAUGUCGGCUCCCAGCUCACCCACUUUAGACAUCGACAAAAUGGAUUUUGCUGUCCAGGCCUCCUUGUCCCUCCCUGCAACACCUGUAGGAAAGAGCAUGGAGCACUCGUUCAUCAGCCCCAAAGUAUUGACCAAUGGCUGUGGUGGAUCUGCCCUCACUCACUCUGCAAGAAUCUCUGCUCUGAAUAUAGUUGGAGACCUUCUGAGGAAAGUUGGGGCUUUGGAGUCCAAACUGGCUGCUUGUAGGAAUUUGGCCAAAGACCAGUCGUCAAGGAAACAUUUCUCCACAGACAAGGGCACACUCAUCAACAGCAACACCACCAAGUUCUCGCACUCUCUACACAACACUUACUUGGACAAAACCACCAUUAAUGGACUUGACCCCAGCUCCCUGACCUCCAUGUCCUCAUCCAGAGCCCUGGCUCAUCCAGGCAUGCUGCCUUUAAGUGUGUGAGGAAUCCACAGGCCACACAAACAUCUGUCCAGCCAAGACAGCGCGGCAAAGGAGAGGUCACUUGUGUUAUUGUGUGUGUUUGUGUGUUGAUGAGUGUUCAUCUGUCUGAGAGGAUGCAUGUUUUGUGGGUGACAGGACUUGCCUCCAGGUUGCAGAUCUCCAUGCAUGUGUGUGUAGGUGCAUAUGUUCCUACCACAUAUCUGCAUGUGCCUAAAGCUGGACGGCUCUGUGCUUGUAUGACUGAUGCAACGCUCCCUGUAAGUCCGCUCUGAUGCUGACGAAGCUAAUGUGGUGUCUCCACAAAUCAUCAGAACACCAUUUUUGACAAAAGGUCCUGAGCAGACCACAGCUUUGUUUUAACCUCGUGUUCUUCUUGUGUUUCCUACUAAAUUGCAUAGUUGGACUCAUUUCCAGUUGGAUUGUAUAUAUUUAUAAAGGGACAUGUUCAUAUCUACUAGUUUAUCUUGCAGUGUGCUUUGAAAUGCAUCGUUUCUCUUUGCUUUUCGCUGCACGUGUGAUUGGAGGAGUAUGAGUGGACUUUGUUCUGAUAAGAAUGAUCCAAGUGAAUGUUGAUCGUUUGAAGCCAUGGCGUUUUUGUGAUGUUGUUCCUGUUGCUAUCCCUGGAAAUGUCAGCUGGUUUUCCCCUCUGCUCUUGAACAAGCUGCUCUUUGAGUUUAGCUGCAGCCGAGGACCUCCACUGACAUUUUACAGACAACAGCUUUGCCUCUUUUUCCUUAUUUAUUUAUUUAGUUUUUUUUUACUGCUAGCUUCUUGCAUGAACUCAUAGAUAUAACUUGAGGGUGUGAGUACGAUUCCCACAUUUCUGCCUAUAAUCUUCAAAGCAGAAUAGAACAGAUGAAACAUUUUUUUGUAAAUCCAAAUUUGGUUCAUUGCAGAAGUUUAUUUUGGGUGCAGUACAUUGGCAGUGACUUACUUUAAUGUUUAUUUGGAAGGAUUUCUUGUUGGCAGCUGCGAUCUAUCAUCUUUAAGUUUACAUUGUUUACUAACAAGCCGUCUGCAAACAUUACCCCCUUCGUCCUUUUAAUUCCUUGCUGUUGCCAUUUUCACAGCUCAGAGUGUAGAUCAGACAUUAGUAUUUGUAAUUAGGAUUAAUGAGAUCUGACUUUGGGUGCACUAGGAGCCUGCUACUGGAGGGAGUUCUUCAGCCAGUUUGUACAGUAGAGUUUAUAAAGAUGGCUGACUUUGCUCACAUUUGGCCUCAAAGUCUUAUUUAUUUCAGAUUCUGUAUGGCAUGUGUUCAGAUUUUACUAUCCUACAGUGGUUUAAUGAUGUUUGUCAGAAUUGUUAAAGUAAAUAAAGAUUGAGAUUAAUAAA